GCGCAUUUGUAAGCUCAGGUUGCGUUUUCGUUUUUGCCCCCCCAUCAAGAGACCACAACUGUUGUCUUUGAAUGCCUUUGUUUAGACAUUCUUCGAAGAAAAAGGAGCCCAAGACGGGCCCACCCCUGGCGAAGACUGGCCUCCAGAACGGCCCCCAGAGCCCGGGCCUGACCCUGGGAGGAGUCCCAACCUUGGACUUACCUUCCAGAUCAAAUUCAUUGGUUUCAAUCUCAUCUAAUCGAUCGGUUCUGUCCUCCACAUCCACCACCGGGAAAUUCCGAUCUUUAUUAAGAUUAUCUCCAGACACCGAGACAAGAUCAGCAACACAACCUGCCACCACCUCCACCGCCAGUGCUAGCACCUCCACCAGUUCUACCACUGGUGGUUCUACCACUGGUGGUAGAGUGCCAUCUCCUGAUAAACAGAAAAGAGUCAGUACCAUUGUAGAGGCCGAUACUGAAGAUCUUGGAUCUGGUCAUGGAAGUGACUUUGAUGAUGAAAAGGAGUCAGACACAGACACAGACUCAGACACAGACACAGAUUCCUCAUCAGAGACUGACUCAGAGUCUACCUCCUCCUCCAUUCUUGACCACCUUCAUGUCAUCAAAUCAAGAGGUAAGGCCAUUUCUGGUUCACAUCUAUCAUCACAACUCUCAUCGUUCAUGGUGUAUUGUGGUCUUAACCACUCAUCACUCACAGAUGCCGCCAAUGAAGAGCUGAAGAGAACGUUCUCCUUGUUGGAUGAUAGUUUGAAAAUACAUCCAGUGUCCGCCACCACUCGUAGGAAUGAUCCAAGACUACAGGAACCGGUGAUUCUGGACGUCCAGGUGGAUAUACUCAAGAGGCUUACUGAGAGGAUCAUGGGACUUUUGGUGCCGUCGUCAGUAAGUGAACAAUAUGCUUUGGCUUCAAGGGGGAAAUCUGUUUUGGAAAGGUAUGGGACAGUGAGGAAUGUGAUUGGGAGGGGAGCUUAUGGGUUGAUAAAGAUAAUAGAGCCCACUAGUGGACACACUAGUGGACACACUAGUGGCGUAGCCGCUAGUGGGGCUGCUAGUGGGGCCACUAGCUCUGGAGUAUCCAGUAGAGCUGGUACAUCCACUAGUAGGUCAACCAGGUCAGGUAAUGGCUCCGCUGACUCAGCUUCGGCUAACGCCUCAGCUGGCCCAGCUUCGAGUGGUCUUCUCUACGCCAUCAAAGAACUCCAUCGUAGACCUCCAACCGACUCAAAAUCCCAAGAAUCAGACUCAAAAUUCAUUGAAAGAGUUCUCUCCGAAUUCAUCAUCCUGUCAACCCUCAACUACAAACACAUUGUGAAAACCGUAGACCUCAUGGUAACCCUCCCCCUGGCCUGUGUGCCCCCUGCAACCUCCCCCACCACCACCACCAAACUGCCCCUGUCCCUCAAACUCUCGUCCCUCACCUCGUCCUUCAAACUGACGUCCCCUCCACCAACCACCUCGCCCCCACCCUCCUCCUCCUCCUCCUCCACCAUCCCCAUCAAAAUCAACCAAGUCAUGGAAUGCACCUCGGGAGGUGACCUCUUCACCUACAUCACCACCAUGACCGACCGGUUCCAAGACCCCGUCAACUACAUCCAACUCGACGAGAUCGACUGUUUUGUCAAACAGAUCGCCAAGGGGCUCUGGUUCAUGCACGAGCACGGCGUGGCCCAUUGUGACCUCAAGCUUGAGAACAUUCUCAUUGAGUACCUCCCCAAUGACCAUCACCACCACCCAUCAUCACCCGCCAGAUCCACCAAGAUUGCCCUCAAGCUCUCUGACUUUGGCAAGUCCAACGUGUUCCGCACCAAGUGGGACGUCAAGGAACAACUCAUCCCAUACACCACGGGACCCAUAGGCUCGGAGCCAUACAUCUCUCCUGAAGAGUAUGGCCCCUUCUCCACCGACUCUGGCUACUCCCCUCGUAAAAAGGAUAAUUGGGCUUUAGGGAUCAUCAUUCUUCUUCUCUUCAAUAUCCGUAGGAAUUACUAUUCCAAUGCGGAUCACAAACAUAGCAAGUCCACUGCCUCCACCACCUCUGCUCUCUUUGGUGACUACUCGCGUGGAUACCUCUGGCAUUCCACCGAGCCCAAGAGCCGCCACAAAGCUUCCUCGUCCACCCCGACCCGCUACAAGGACAAGGGCUUUGACGAGUACAUGCGCACACGCAUGAUUUGUGACUACGAGUGUCGGACCAAGGAAUGGCUCAUUCUCAAGAAGGGAUCCUUCAGCCCCAUAGAGAAGCUCUUUGACCCUCCGGACGGCAUUGACGACGAUGAUGAUGACGACAACUCGUCCCUUGGUGGCGGUGGUGGCGUCUCCCGUGCGUCGGCCCUGUUGCAGGACGACCAGGACGAGAAGGACCUCUGUGAGCUCCGUAAGUACUUCAUCUACAAGCUCUUGGACCCGGACCCAAAGUCCAGACUCACGGUGGUUGAGCUACUCAAGGGCGAUUGGAUGCGGGGCGUUGAGUCUUGUAUCUAGCUGGCACCUCUCCUUCUUGCUCAAAGCGGUCUCUCCUUCCCCCCCACCACUUCGAGAGUGUGUCUCCGGGGUCCAGGGGAGCGUCCGGCAGGCAGAUCCAAGCACUCUAUGCCCUACGGGGUAAGCAAGCCGCUCCGCUGGCACUCCGUGGGCCACUAGCCGUGGAGGCCUCCUUCCUCUUACGAGGAACCCCACGGUGCUUACAGUCUCCUCGUAGAGGAGCCAGGCCCCACGCCAGUGGCCCUCCCCGAGUAGGGGCCCAGCGGAGCGUCUCACAGUCCCACGGGGAGGAUGGUAGUCACCACCCUACGGGGUAAGCAAGCCGCUCCGCUGGCACUCCGUGGGCCACUAGCCGUGGGGGCCUUGCUCCUCUACCGAGGAGGGAGGGACCCCUUUGAGCUUCUGUUCUUGAUCUGGACCUUUCCAGCUCUCAUCCAGAACGUCCCUGGCACCCCCCAGCAGCAUCUCCAGGCAUCCCUUGUGCCCCCCCCCCCCCCAGAACACUCUGCAUUCAAUUCCCGACCCCCUGGUCAACUCACAA